GCUUGGAUUUCUUUGGACUUCCUGUGUUGUGUGCUCAAAUCUUGAGACGGCCGGAGAAGCUAUGGAGUACACCCAACGGGCACCGCAGCCAAAGUCGGGAAUUUUCGCUUGUACACUCAACAAAAUUCUCUGCCAGUGAAGGUUCCUGCUCGGUCCACAAGCUCAAGCUGUCCCAAACCUUCAGUGACUACUACUCUACCAUCAUCUCCGAAGGCGGCAAUGGCUUCUACCAUCAAAGCGGCCUACGAGCAGCUCCAAAUGAACCGAUCGAAUUUGAUACAGUUUUCAGAUCUAGCAAUCGUUUCCGAGCUCAGACGUAUUUCGGAGCUCGAGCACUCUUACUUCCGGAAUCGGUUGGUCAUUCCCUGUACCGUGCCCGAUUCUAGCUCAGGUCUCUUUGCUCAGAUCGAGAAGCAGAGGAAUCUAAUCAAGACGUAUCGAAUCACCAAGACCAAAAAAGAAUCAAUUUUUGGACUCGAAGCUUCACCUCGGAAGUUCACUCUCAUCCCUCGAUGGGCUACAACUCUCCGGCGCGGCGUAGCCCCAAACCAUGUCCUCACCGUUCUUCAAUUCGCUAUCAAUUCCAUCCGAUCCUUAGUCAAAGUCUUGGUGAAGCAGAUGGAGUCAGCAGGGUGGGAUCUUGACGCCGCUGCAAGCGCAGAGAUGGCGAGGCGAGUGUGGCUCCUCCAUUGUAUUUUCUUCUCCUUAGAGCUAAGACAGGUCCAUCUUUCACGCCAAAAAAGGGAGCCGAUUCUCCGAGGUCUACAUGGAAAGCACGGCAGAAGAAAUCAAUGAGGACGGUGACCAUGUCUCUUUCGCCACCGCCGCCGAGCAAGAUUCGACCGCCGUGUCGUGCCUGGGUUCAGGGUGGGCCACACGGUGGUCCAAUGCAUAGUCUACCUCGGAUGAGCAACGUGCUUAUAACGUUCGACGGAUCUACACCCGGCUAUGAUCGGACGGUGCAUAAAGGUGACGGCGGGCCGACGAUGCCUGGUAGCUAGGAAUAGAGAAAUGGGAAGAUUCGACGCAGCAGUUACGUACAAG